CAUGACUAGUUAAAUGUCACGAACUCCGCAUUCCAGCUUCAGAUCUCCGCUCCAUCCGAUUCAUCUUCCCCUCGCAGAUCUGAGUUGAACCCAAGCACACCAAGACCACAAUUCCUACCAAUCGGCCUCUCUACUGUCACCGGUGGCAAAAAAAGAAUCCUACCUUCCAAUUAUCCACCUCGUUACAACAGAAUGUUUUCCUUCUUCCGCCGGGGUUCUCCCCAAACCCCCGAAACCCCAUCAGACCAAGCAACCUCACAACAACCAACAACACAAAUUAGCCAAUCCCAACCACAAUCCCACAACCAAAGACCCGAAUCCGAACCCGAACUGAAACUUAUCAACCCCCAGACAAAAUACAAACUUCUCCUCGGUGGCCUCACAUUCUUCGCCUUCUCGCUAUGGACCACCCGCCGCGCCUUAAACAGACGCUAUCUCGCCUCCGUCCCACCUUUCUAUACUUCCUCCCUCCAUCACAAGCCCGACGUCAGCGGCGGCGCGGAAGCCUUUGAGGCGCUGAAUCUGGCGACGCUGAAUGUGCUUUCCCUGGGCAUGGCGGGCACUGGGGGUAUUUUGUGUGCGCUGGAUAUCAAUGGGGUCGAUGAUAUGAGAAAGUUUGUGAGGAGGGGUUUCUAUAGCGAUGGUGGAGAUGUUACGAAGGUGGACAAGGAGCUGGAAGAUGAGGUUGAGGCUUGGGUGGGGAAUGUGCUGGGGGAGAAGUUUGGGAUGGAGUUGAAGAAGGAGAAGGAGAGGGAGAGGAAUGAGAAUUAGGCCUGAGAAUGUAGUCGGUUGAGGAUCUGUCGGAUCACUUUUAUGGAAAAUUCGAUUUGGAAUGGGAUGCCUUAGGAUGAUAUUAGGGCUUGAUUGGCGUUGAUGUGUAUGUGUCGAUUGUCGUGGAUAUAUGGAACUGAAAUACCCCACUUUUGUAUUGUAUGUUUAUGUAUAGGAAUUCAAUAAUGAUUGACUGCAGUCAAAA